GCCGCUGCUUCCUCUUCCGGUUUCUGUCACUUCUCCACGACCACCGUCGAGCAGCCAGUGGAAGCAGGAUAAGUUACACGGAUGCUAUGAAGGCUAUUAUUCUAGCUGCUGGCUACGGCACAAGACUCAAUCGUGAUCUGCAGAAUGAUAAUAGUGGAGAUUUCAAGCAUCUCUAUGGCAUCCCUAAGCCCCUUUUACCAGUAGGAGAUCAACCACUCAUCAGUCAUUGGAUGACGGCGAUAAAUACGAUCAAGUUCAUCGACGCAGUUUAUGUUAUUACUAAUGAUCUCUAUUAUGCAAAAUUUGAAGAUUGGGCAAAGGUGUUCCAACUAGUCACAGUCCUAAAUGAUGGAACAACAAGCAAUGAGAAACGUUUAGGUGCAAUUGCUUGUCUUCAGCUUGUCAUUACUCAGUUUAACAUCGAUGAUCAUAUAUUGGUUAUUGGCGGGGAUACAUUAUUCUAUGAGGACUUCAUUCUUUCGGAUAUCCUUGAAAAAUUUGCUGACCUGCAGAAUAUUAACUGUGAAAGCAGUUUGGUGUUGUCAUACCCAUGCAAAGAUGAAGAAACCACAAAAUUUGGCAUCUUAGAAAUAAAUGAAAAGUUGCAAGUCACUGGAUUUAAAGAAAAACCCAGCUCUACUGAAACAACAUCUCGCAAUGCAUGCCCAUGUUUUUACAUAUAUUCAAAAAAUACAGUUCCAUUGAUUGCAAAAUUUCUUCAAGAGAAACAAAAUUCACCGCUGGAAGAGAGAGAUGCGCCUGGAAAAUUUUUGCUUUGGCUCUACACAAGGAAACCAGUGUUUGUCCAUCACGUAUGUGGCCGAUUUGAUGUUGGAAAUCUUCCAUCGUACAUUGAAUGUACUAAGUAUUUCCAGAAGUCUUGUGGUGCAAUCUGAUUGUAAAGUUAUUAGUCAUUCCAAUUAAGUUCUUUUUAAACUUGUGACUACUUCUUUUGUUAUUGUUAAUAGAGAAUAUGGUCUGGCACCAAACAUUUAAUGAAGCCUUCCAAUUACAUGUUCUGAAUUAUUGUUUAAACUAAAUGUUAUCAUUGUAGUACUGAGCAACUACAAACCAGAAAUACACUUUUGUAGAUUUCUCACCUUAGUUAAACUUAAAGGAAUGCAUUUUUUCUCAGUUGAACAGUGAUAGAAUGUCAGAAGAAUGAUGAAACAUUCUCAGCUUUUAAAAAUUUUCCAUAAAAUUUCUUAAGUCUUUAUAUAAUUUUUUACUCUUUUUGAAUGGUGCAAUGAAAAUGUAUUUGUAAAUUAUAAACCUUCAGGCAAUUUUUUUGGAGAACAUGAAGUGAUAAAAGAACUUUUACUGCAUUUGCAAUCAAGUAUAGAGCUCAUGUCGGGAGAAUUAAUCUAUUCCAGUCCUACAAAAGCCAGUGUCUUCCUCUGGGAUGUACUUUCUAUUAUGCACAUGAUUAUAAAAACUGAAAUUAUUACUCUAAUUGUUGAUGUUACUUUGGAACAGAUUCCAUACUGACAUUAAAAAUGAACUUAAUAAAAUGAAAUUCAGAUUAUUUAGGUAGAGUUGACUGGAAGACUUAUAGAACUGAGGCAUAUUGAUAGAAUUUCAAACAACCUUUUAUAUCAGACAAAUAAUAAGAUUUAUAUUUAUAAUUUGCUGACAGUGAACUGUAUAUUGUUGAAAGUAACCAUGCACGACUAUCACCAGUAUUUUGUUUUAAUAAAAUAAUAUGCAUUUUAUAACUACAAAGAGAGAUUUGUAUUUUGUAGGGAUGCUUAAUAUAUUCAGGACAACUUAAGAGGUGCCAAUUUUCAUGUAAUUUUUUUGCAAUCAGAUAAAUCGGUAGCACAACAUUCAUGCUGUCUGCUCUUUUAUCCUUUAGUAUCCAUUUAAAAUUGAUGGGAAACAACGUGAUGCAAAUGAUCUUGAAAAUGUUAGUUUAAUAUUUUAAAUUUCCAAAACUCUAGACCAUAAUUAUUGGAAUAGUUUGAUUAUUUUUAUGAACAUUAAUUAGUUAGCAAUUCCUACCUGCAGCUCUUUUACUAGUAAAGUGCUAUUGACACUAUAUUUUUUUAAACUACUAGCUAUAAAGCCACAAUUACUGAAAAUGCUUUUAUUAUAUCUGAGUCAGAGCCUUUCUCAGAUAUUCUACCUUAUUCAAAAAUAACAGAAAAUAUUUCAUAGUACAGUAUUUCCAUUUUCUUUUGAUGGAUUAAGAAUUUGAAAGAUAGAGGUUACAAUAUUGUGUCCUUAUCUUAAGAUUAUCUUCUGAGCAGAUUUAUAGAAUUACUACCAUUAAAUUUUAAAUGCACUGGCUCAUAUUUUGAGGAAACUGCUAAGUGACAUCACUUGCCACAGAACUCGGGGGGGGGGGGGGGGGGGAGAAAAA